AUGUCAAGCUUGAGAACACCUUUCUACAUUGUGGAUAUACAUGAGGACAAAAGUUAUCCAUCCUCUUUGGCAGCGAGAAUCAAGGUUCAUGAAUUGCGAGGGAAGUCCAAGGCGGAUCUACUUACCCAACUGAAGGACCUCAAGGUGGAGCUGGCCCUUCUCCUUGUCGCCAAGGUCACUGGUGGUGCCCCCAACAAGCUCUCGAAGAUAAAAGUGGUGAGGUUGUCAAUUGUGCAGGUUCUGAUAGUGAUCUUGCAAAAGCAGAAGGCGGCGCUCUGGGAGGUUUAUAAGAAGAAGAAGCUCCUUCCCCUUGACCUCCGUCCCAAGAUGACUCGUGCUAUCAGGCGCUAUCUCACCAAGCAUCAGUCGUGCAUUUGUGAUGCUAUUGCUGCCAAGGAAUGGUUAAAGAGGUUGCAUGCUACUUUUGAAGGCAUGGGCAUAGAAAAUGAGUUGAAACUAAAGGUUGCAGACAGGCUUUUGGAGAACAGAUCAAGGAUCUGGUGGGAAACUCUGAAGGGUCGUUCAGAUAUACCACUGACUUAG